GCGCAUUCUCGGUAUUCUUUCGAUAGUUCCGCCAGAUCUCCAGGCAAGUAGGCAGCGCAACCAUUUAACAAACGUCAGCGGUGUUGCCAUCGUUUAACGUGCUUUGUGGCCUUGAAAUUCGUUAUCGCCGUUCUUGUUGCUUUGUCAAUUCUAACCUCAAUUUCUCCCUUUCGAUCAUCUCUGUUCGUUAUUUCUGGUAGCUUUUCCCGGUGAACCACUGAUGAUACAAUCACAAAUCUAUGUGAUACAUUUUUAAAAUCUAGGAUGGCUUGCUGAAUAAUGAAUUUUGAUAAGUAUAUUCAUAGACAUUGGAAUACAACAUUUGAGAAAAUGUCAAAAUCAGAAGUACCAACUGGAGCCAUGGGGAUGUUUGAAAUCACCACCUUUGUACACCCACAUCUCUUUUGGUUGAUUGAGGUUGAAAGUAAAAUAAGACAGAAAACUCUACAUGAAUUAGAUACCUCUAUGAAGGAAUUAUGUAAACAGCAAUCUAGGGAUUCUGCUACCACUUUUGAAGCAGGAGAUAUUGUGAUAGUCCAGUAUGAGGGACACUUGUAUCGAGCAAUACUUGAAUACAUUGGAGAACAAAAGUCAUGUAGCAAUGGGCAGUAUUUGUGUUGGCUAAUGGAUUAUGGAACACUGGUAGAAUCCAACACAAUUUUUAAAUCAUCGCCAAAAAUUAGAAAGAUUCUCCCAUUGUCUUUCCAAGCCAGCCUGAAUAAUGUAGUUUACACUAUCCAGCAUUUGGGUUUUGGUGAAACUGGUAAUGUUGUCACAAAAACAGAGUACCUCUUGUCUCCAACACCACCCUGCCACCAGGCGUCUAUGGACGUUCUGAAAACAGUACGAACAAUAGAAUUUUGUGUGGAAGAAAAAGAUGAAGGAAUUCUUUUUGGCGACGUUAUAUAUAAAGAUAAAAAUGGUAACAAGAAAUCAUUCAAGCAGUAUCUGCUGGACAAAGGAAUUGUAGGAAUUAGUGAGGAAUUGUUCCCAGAUAUGAAAUCUUUCAUAAAUGAAUACAGAGAGAAAAACAUACAAUUGAUUGAAAAGAUAUGCAAAACGUCCUCAAACACUAUAAGUCGUAGAAAGGCGUGCUGUGACAUUAAAAAGAAGUCAAUUGAAGAGUUUGAAGAAGUGGAGAUUUCAGAAGAGGAGAUGCGUCGUCCCAGGAGAAGAAUAAGGGAUGCUAAUGAAACUGAUUCUUUGAAAUCAAAAAGCUUGUCUGAAUCUAAUAGUUCAGUAUCAAAAAGCUCAAGAAGUCAUGGGAAUGAACAAUUGGAUUCUUUCAACACAUCACCGGGUCAGGAAGACGUUUCCUCUCAACAUGAAUUGUCAUCACAAGCACCGUCUCUGUCAAAAUCGAGCAAAAUGGCAAUACUCAGAAAAAAGAUAGAAGAAAAGAAAGCUAAUCAGAAGGAAAACACCACACUAGAAUCCAGUUCGUCAUCAGGCAAAGGGCAGGGGAAAUGUAAGAUUACUGAUGUGAACAAGGAGUCCGGAGGUAAAAUAGAAUUGUGCCCAGCUGGAGCAGAACGUACAUUCUUUGGCGCUCAAGGGGUUGAAAAGCCAAAGCCAACCAGCGAAACCAAACCGCAAUCAUUAAAUAAUCGAAGAUCAAAACCUCAGGCCACAGUACCGGUUUCCAUGGAGACUCACCAGAGACGAUGUGCUGCUCAAAAUGGAAGUCCCGAUAGCUCCACUGACUCUUCUUCAGAAUGCAAGAAUAACAUUGCGAAUACAUUUGGAGACCAGAGUCGAAAAGGUUUGAAUUAUGAUGGUGAAUCAUUAUCUUUAGAAAGCAAGACCUCUACCUCUGUGUCUAUUAGAAGUGCCAGUAAUAUGGAAAUCAAACCACACUGUAGAUGCAAGGUCUGCGAUCGAUGGACUAAAGAUCAGGGGUGGGGGGAAGGUGGCGAAUUUGAAAAAUACAAACCAAAGGUUAAAUUAAUUGGAGAGUCAAAACACGAAUUUCUGAAAGAAGGAACGGAUGACGCGCCUUCAGAAAUACUGUCAGUGGAUUACAACUCAUUGACAAGACUGGAAAAGAAAGCCAUGCCAAAGCUGUUAGUGCAUAGCGAAUGUCUGCCGUCACCAGUCAAAGAGUUGGCCAAUGUCUACCUACACCCUGAUAUCUACCAAACCCUCGUCCAGGAAGAAUGCAAAGUAACCAGACUAGUUCAGACCUACGCUUGGCCUGCUUUGCUUCGUAACCAACACGUAUUCAUGGUAAAUGGACCUCACACCGGCAAGACGACGGCCUAUUUAACGACCAUGUGCUCAUUUCUGGUAGAAAAAGAUGAGCGGUACAGUUUCACCAAGAAAUUGAGUGGGGCGCCAAUUAUAGUGAUAUUGUGUUCGAAUACUGAGCGCUGUCGAGAUGUCAACGAUAGAGCGCGGCUCAUAAUGGGCAGAAAUAAGGCUAGGAUUGAACUUGUAGAGUAUCCCAUCUCUCAUGUUAACACUACACACAUUGACAUGCUGAUAACAACACCUACAAUAUUUGUGGACCUCCUCAAAAGAAGGUCGGUCAUUCUGAAUGGGCUGUGCCAUCUAGUGUUUGAAGAUGGUGAUAACAUUUUAAAUCACUACUAUCCUCUAAUUGAUAUUAUUCUAGAACAGACACAUAAAAUGCUGAAGAACAGACACCACUCCAAGUCACUACAACUAAUUAUGUGUGCCGAACAUUGGACCAAAAAGAUAACUUGUGUUUUACAAAAGUUAGCUGCUAUUCCAGUGGUGUGCAUUGCCAACUACCUUGAAGCUGCUAUGUAUGGGAAAAUACAAUUCUCUAUGAGGUUUAUGAGAUCUUCAGCUAAACCGGAAAUGAUGAAACGCUUAUUAAAAGAUACUUACAAAUUCACAAAAUCGGUGAUAAUAUGUAACAUAGCCGAAGUAGACGAACUUGAGACAACGUUGAUUAUGAGUGGCAUAGAAGCUGCCGUUAUAUCCGAAAAACUAACCGUUGACGAAACGCAUCUUAUAGAAGAAAACUGGACAAAAGCGCCAGGAGGGAAUUAUACUGUUCUGGUUACGACCGAUCAUCUGCUAAACACAGAGCUAAACGUGACGUCUGCCACAAUGUUGAUUCACUAUUCACUGCCCUAUUCUUGGACGAAAUUCACAAAACGUUUCGCCUGCUUACUGGAAAGCUACAGGAGUCCUUUGGAUCAGAGAGAGUCAAAGAUCACAACUCAAAGCAUAGUCUUAUUGGAUGAGAAUUGUCAGGAAGAGUUACCGAAGUUCUUCAAGUAUAUAAAGACCACCGAUUUGAAACAUUAUUUAUGUGAUGAACUUAAGCAAUAUUCAGAGGAAUUGAGCGACGAAAGUGAAUUGAACAAGGUACUAAAAGGAAUAGAGCUAUGUGAAACGCUUAAGGUAUUCGGCAAAUGCCCGAACAUGCACAACUGUCCAAUGAGACACAAAAUUGACAAAACCGUAGAAGACAACCCAUCACUGCCCACCCACGGGAAAAUAAAAUUCAAAAUCAAAAACGUAUACGACGUAACGAAUUACUCGAUCGAAAUUUUGGAAUCGAUCGUUGAGAAUAGUUGCAACGGAAUCUCGGAUGUGACUGAGAGAUUGGCAGAUAGGAUGUCUGAAAGCAGGAAAAAGCCAAAAGUCCUUGUUUUGGGCCACUUGUAUGUAUACUAUGGAGCUGAUGAUUCAUCGGAAACGUACCAUAGAUGCGUAUUAAUGGCCAAGGAGAAUGAAACUGUGCGGGUUAAGUUGAUUGACGAGGGUAAAAUGUUGAGCACCCUGAAGAACCGGCUGUACAAGUUGCCUAAUGACCUCGGAGAAGAUAAAUUCCCCAGAAAGUAUGCUGAUAUUUAUUUAGCAAAUUUGAUUCCUCCAUACGGCGAUAAAGGUUUCUCUAACAAAGCUCUGUAUAUCCUAAACAACACCCUGGAAAAGCAUGACUACAAGAAUAUUGUACUGACUGGCUAUAUUCACCUUCAACUUUCAAAUACGCUAUGGUUAACAAAUGUAGAAGAGGAAGUAGUGCUGUCGGAUAAAGUCUUGACAGGUUUCCAGUUGACCAGGGAGAUAUUGCAGAAGCAAUUGGCCGUUACAGAUUUGAACCAGCUUGAUCGUUUGUAUAAGUUGUGUGCCGAAGCGGGUUUUGCCUUGCCAAAAUACGAAGUAGAAUCUGUUAGAGAGACGAAGGAGGAAAAAAUUAUACCACAUUGGGCCCAUUUGGAGAUAGAGACCGUUCAGGAGGUCAUUUUUUCGUCAGCUAUUUCUCCGGACGAGAUGUAUGUCCGAUUGUACAAAUACAGUGAUUUAUUAUAUACCUUGCAAAAGGAUAUCCUACAAGCUAUAAAGAAACCCCAUUAUCACAGGCUGUCCAAAAUUAAACCAGGCACUAUCUGUUUAGCAAAAGAUCCAGAAAGUGAAGAUUAUUCCAGAUGCAUUAUUCUAAAGAAUGAUGAAGAAAAGGCCUUGUGCUUCUUUGUAGACUUCGGUGAUGAAGCUGUUGUCCCCACUACCGACCUGAAAUACCUCAGUAACGAAUUUAUAACAAAAUUGCCAUUCCAAAGCAUCUCGUGCAAACUGUUUGGUAUCAAACCUGUCUUGGAAGAAUGGUCUAGUGAGCCGACAGAAUUAUUGUAUGAAUACGCUACCGAACCUCAAACUGAUAUAUUCAGAUCACUUUACGUCAAGGUUUGCGGCAAAGAAAGAAUAGCAAUAUCAGACUACUGUCAAAACAGGUAUACUGUUUUAUUGAAAGAUGGUUUUGGAAAUAAGAAGCCUUUGAUAAACGAACUAUUUGUCGAUUGUGGUUUGGCUUUGCCGACUGAAGAUAAGCUCGAAGACUUUGAGAUACCCGAGAGUUACGAACAGACUGAGGAAAGUGACGAUGAUGUUGAAAUGGCAUUGGAUAUAUUGAAGAAGACAGACGAGGCGCGAGAAAACUUCCAUCCAAAUAAAGAAUUCCAACAAGAAGAAAUUAAUGAAGACAUGGAACUAUUCCUGGAAGACGAUGACUUGAUUGACUUCGUAGAUCAGGUGGUGAACUUUUAUCGAAAAGAAGACAAGUCAGUAUUUAAGCAAGAACUACCCCGGAUGCAGGCAGCCCCCAGUGUUGGCUACCUCACCCCGGAAGUAUUUUGGUACCAGACGGACACAGCUGUCAAACUCAGCGUCAAAGUGACAGACGUCAAAGAUUACAAAGUCACGCUGACAAAAGGCAGGAUACUUUUGUUCAAAACUCAGAAAGGCAAGGACGAGUAUUGUUUGAAGUUGAUGUUGUAUCAUCAUAUAGGAUCGUUGCACCAUACUUCAGCUGGGCUAGAUGUCCGGAUAACAUUGAUCAAGAAGAAUCUCAUUGAAUGGCCUAGGUUGAUCCUGCCAAAACAGAAGGCUAGGAAUAUACAUUAUGACGUGUCUAUGUUGCAAGUGAAGGAGGAGAAAAAAAGAAUUCUAGAGCUACCAAAGGAACUGGACGAAGCCGACGCCGAUUCUGAUGAUGAACUUGACAUGUGCUAUGAGGUGUAUUCUGACAUGGACAGUGAUUUCGACCAAGAAGUUGCUCAAGAUUCAGAUUAAGUAUAAGCAAGUGUACUUAGAUGUGUCUUUCAAAAUGCCGUUUUUUUUUAUUUGUAAGGUAUGCAUGUGAGACUUUAUUAUAAACAUUUGACUAUUUUUUUAAGUAUACAGGGUUAUCCAAAUUAAGUGUCCACCAUUAGUAACUUUGUUAUUAGUGAAAAUACAAAGUUGUUUGAAUUAGCAAACUAGUAGCAUUUUUAACGCUGGU